GGUUCAAGUCGUACCUCUCAGAUAGGUCAUUUCGGGUAUCCUGGAGAGGUGACGUCUCCGAACCCCAACGUCUAGAUACCGGGGUCCCUCAAGGCUCUGUGCUUGGACCGCUGCUCUUUUCGAUGUACAUGACAUCCCUGGGCUCUGUCAUUCGGAAACAUGGCUUUUCCUACCACUGCUAUGCAGACGACACUCAACUCCACUUGUCGUUCCACCCUGAUGAUCCUACGGUUUCUGCCCGCAUCUCGGCAUGCCUGAGGGACAUCUCACUCUGGAUGAAGGAUCACCAUCUCCAGCUUAACCUUGCGAAGACAGAACUGCUUGUCAUAUCAUCUGAACCAAAGAUUCAGCACAACUUUUCCAUUCAGCUAGGUUCCUCGACCAUCACGCCUUCCAAGACGGCCAAAAACCUGGGAGUGGUCAUUGAUGAUCGGCUUAGCUUCACGGAGCAUGUUGCCAGCACCGCUCGCUCUUGUAGAUUCAUCCUCUACAAUAUUAGGAAAAUUAGACCUUUCCUAGAUGAGCAUGCUACGCAGGUCCUGGUCCAAGCUCUUGUCCUGUCCAGGCUGGACUACUGCAAUGCGCUACUGGCAGGACUUCCAGCCUGCACGACCAAACCCUUACAGAUGAUUCAGAACGCAGCGGCAAGAGUGGUCUUCAAUGAGCCAAAGAGGGCGCACGUCACUCCUCUCUUUGUCAAGUUACACUGGCUUCCUAUAGCAGCCCGCAUCAAAUUUAAGGCUCUGCUCCUGGCCUUUAAAACUACCACUGGGUCAGCACCCCCUUACCUUCGCUUGCUUAUAGAGCCUUAUGUACCCUCUCGAUCACUGCGCUCUGCCACCGAGCGACGACUUGUGGUACCAUCUCAAAAAGGGAAGAAAACACUAACGCCUACCUUCUCAGGAACUGUCCCACAACUGUGGAAUGAUCUGCCGGUCGUGACACGAUCAGCUGACACUGUAGCUGUCUUUAAGACUCGGCUAAAAACCCAUCUCUUCCACCAUUACCUAACUUCCUAAUUACAGAUUUACUAUCUUUAUUUAGUUACCCUUCUCUUCAUCUCUUUCUCUAUCUACCUUCCUCUUUAUCAAAAAAAAAAAAAAAAAACUACUAACAUACCCUUGGCUAUGUAUAUUGUGUUGGACUUGAUGAGACUAUUUCCAGUGCACUUAUGUAUUGCUGUUCUUAUGUUGCCAUAAUUGCUUCUAUUGUUUACCUCACUUGUAAGUC